CGGGACACCAUCGAUCCAUCCGGACUACCGCUCCAUCUCUCCCGCUGACACAGUCACAACAUGCGAGGCGACCCGUGAGAGUUUCUGACGAGCUUUUGGCGCUGCUGUCGUUCUGUUUUUGGGGAGGUGGGGGAGUCUAACGGGGACACAGUCAGUGAAGGAGGACUACAGAGGAACCGCUCCACACUCACCGAGCCGCGGAUUAAGAUGAGCGGUGUCCGCCUCGCUCUCCACGUGCUGCUGCUCUGCGAGUUCCUUGGGGCGCAGCAGCAGCAGCUGCUGCCCGGGUCCUGCAACUUUGAGCUGGGCACCUGUGGCUACACAUCAGACCCAGAGUAUGGCAGCUGGAGCAUGAACGAAGAAGGGCAUUUGAUAACAGUGGACUCAGCCGUCUUAAACGACCAGGAGCAGGCGGUUCUUGUCAGUCCACUUCUCGACCAGCAGGACUGGAGCUGCGUGAGGAUGGUGUACCAGAUCACUGGAGGGGGUUCCCUGCAGCUCCACCUCAGACCAGAUGGGGAUAACUUUGACUACCGAUUGUGGACUGCCAACAGAGCCUCUGACAGCUGGCUCAUUGCUAGUGUGGACCUACCAAACACCACAACCCCUUACCAGAUUUUGCUGGAGGGUCGACCUGAACGUGGCACGGGUAACAGCGUGGCCAUCUUUGAAAUUCACAUUGUUCCUGGUUACUGCAUAGAGUGUAAUUUUGAGGAGCAUCACCUGUGCGGCUACAGUAACAGCUGGAACCCAAAUGUCAACUGGUACGUUGGGGGGAGUGUGGCCAGAGAGCCUGAGUCUAACCUGCUUGUAAACCACACCAACAAUAACCAGAGAGGCCACUACAUGUAUGUGGACUCUGUGUACGCCAAGCACUUCCAGGAAGUAGCCAAGCUGACCUCACCCAUGACCACGGUUCCCAUAGCCGGCUGCCUGUCCUUCUACUACACCAGAGACCAAGAGAGGGGAAACAUCUUUUCAGUUUUCACCAGAGACCAGCUGGGCCACUAUGAGGAGAUCUGGAGGCCAGGGGUGUAUGCUACCAGUGGCUGGACUCAAGUCAGCGUUGAUAUCAAGGCACCACACCCGCUGGAGCCAGAACGCCUCUCACAGCCUGCUGCUGUGGCUGUGGAAAGAAGCUUGCAUACCAUUACUAAAUGGGUGGUGUUUGAGGUGGCCUUCAACAGUGCCAGAGGUGGAUACGUGGCCAUAGAUGACAUCUCCUUUUCUCCUGAAUUCUGCCACACUGACACAGAGCCCACCGUUGACCCCUCCAUAGCCAGCUGUGACUUUGAGAAUGGGCUGUGUCUGUACUAUCAGGAGAGGACAGAGAGUAAGGUGUGGAGCAGAGUUUCAGUGAAGCCUAAUGCCUACAGGAUAGGAGACCAUACCACAGGAACAGGCUGUUUCCUCCUGGCAAACACUCGUUUCACCUCGCAGCCCGGCUAUGUGGGUCGGCUUCAUGGUCCAUUGUUACCAGGGAACCACAAAUACUGCCUGAGGUUCUACUACCUGCUGCAUGGCUUUAGGAAACUAGACAAUGCUCUGUUUCUCUACAUUUAUGAUGAGAACAAUGUUGCCCAGGAGAAGGUGUGGAGCUUGACUGACACUUCCAGAGCUGUAUGGACUGAGGUGGAGAUCACCUACAUGAAGCCAAUGCUCUCCAAGGUAGUGUUUGUCAGCAUAUGUAAGAACUUCUGGGAAUGUGGCCUGGCUGCCAUCGAUGACAUCACUGUGAGCCUGGGGGACUGUCAAAUGACAGCAG